UCCGGUAGUAAACAACUACCAUGCCACCACCUACCACGAAGACUCCAAGCCGUCGUAUGACACUAGGCGGCGCCUCUUCCUCCGUUCAGAAGAAUCGACGCCUGUCCCUCGACGUUGGGGAUCCGGUGCCGGGACAGCGUGCGCACCGCCCUCCGCGGGCGUCAAUGAUUCCCCGGGUAUCGGGACAGGAAAAUAGUCAUCCCCGUCCACAGCAACGUCAAUUCGUACCUCCGAGUCCAACUUCGUCAGUGAACAAGCCGACUGCAAGCUCGAGUCGUCGCAGUUCCUUCGCCGGACCGGAUCGACGUCGGUCGCUUCUACCACCCUCUUCGUCCUCGGCUAGUGCCAAGGUUGAUCCGCGACCCAUCAACGACAAGAGCUUCCAGCACAAUUGUAGCAAGGCGCUUCUAACUUUUUUGCAAGAGUCAGGCUACGAUUACCCCAUUUCGACCAAGACGUUAGCCCGUCCUUCGGGGAAAGACUUUGCCAAUAUUGUUUCCUUUCUGUUGGGUCAAGUGGACCCAGAAUUUAGCAAAGGAAAUGUCAAGUUUGAAGAUGAGGUGGCCAUGAAUUUUAAAGCUAUGGGUUAUCCAUAUCCCAUCAGUAAAACCGCUCUCGUUGCUGCCGGAAGUCCGCAUACUUGGCCUAGUUUGCUCGCUGCCUUGCACUGGCUCAUGGAACAUUUGGUGAUUGCCAAGGAAGCUCGGUCCGAAGAAAUGGAUGAAACCAAGCCAUUCGAAUCUUUGGAAGAACUAUCGCAAAAGACCGAUCAAGCCUUUUUUGACUACGUAGGAAAGGCGUACACGGCAUACAUGGCCAACGACGAAGCCCGCUCGUUGUAUCUCGAAGAGGAAUUCGCCGCCCGUUUCGAAACGUACGACAAUUAUUUGCAACAGGAAGUAGAGCGAUUCACGGAUUUGAAUGCAACCAUUGUGGAACGAAUCAAUGCACUAAUGGGCGAGUCGCAAGAUCUGCCUACGUAUGCGAAAAAGUGUGAGGAUUACGCAACCGAUUUGCAACAGUUUCACGAUCUCAUUCGCCAAAUGGAUGAACAUAAAGCUGCGCUAGAGCUAAAAAUUCAGGAACGCUCGACAGAACUUGUGCACACGAAUGCGAAACUGGACAAAAUGAAUGCGCACGUAAAGGAAUUGAAAUCAGUGAUUGCUACACAAGAGCUUUCUCUUGACGAAGUUCGCAAAAUGGAAAGCGAGCAAAAGGGCGUUACGGAAGCCAUGGAUCGAUCACUAAAACUGAAGCGACAACGCGAACAAGCGCUACAACACAGUCGAGACGAACUCAAUACAUGCGUCCAAAAGUUAGAUGACGCCAUUGCUACCUACAACGCCAAGCUCGCUGACUUGGCCUCCAUUCCUGAACUUGGGUCCAAAUUUGCCGAGAUUAAAGCCAAACUCAACAAGGAGAAGCUGGCCGAAGACCAGAAAGAUAUGUUGGGAGUGGACCUUCAAGCGGUAGUGCGCCCCCUCAUAGAAAUAUCCAAAGCACAAUAUGAAAGCAAGGCUGAUCAAGCCAAAUGGGAUUACCAAGACGCCUUGGACCAACGGGAAAAGGCCGAAGAAGAUUUACAGGACGCUCAGGCCAAACUCCAAAUCCUCACUGACAAGUAUCAGCGCUGCGAAGAAAGACUGCACCUAGAAAAGGAAGCUCAAGACGCGAAGCUAGCAGUUCGAGCCCGUGAGCUUACUUCCAUGGAAGAAAAGGUAGCCUCCCUCCGUGAUCCGGUUGCACUCGAAGAGCAAAUGGCUUCGUACGAACGCCAGUGCGCGGAACUAGAGGCUCUAGCGGAAACACACGAGGCCGAGAACGUGGCCAAAAAACUUGCCGUCUUGGAAGAGAUCGAAUCCGCCAUGGCUCUCAUGGCCGAACACGAAUCGUUUUGCCGGCAUAAGAUUGCCGAGUUGGAUGCUUACUGGCAAAACAAGAAGGACACUGGCGUGCUUCGAGUGCCCGACAGUGUUGCACUCGAAUAG